CCGACUUGCCUUUUUUUUUUUUAAGUGGAAAAGGAGUAAUUCCCACUGGUGUACUUUUUUUUUUUAAAGAACUACUCUUUAUUGCUUUGAAUUGCUAUUCCUCCAAGUUGUCAACUGUGGGUGGAAAGACCACGUCGAAUUUUUAAGCAGGAGAAGAAGAAAAACCUGCUCUAGAGUGUGACUUGUUGAAAAAAAUUUUAUAUACAUAUACACAUAAUUAUAUUUAUACUACAGAGUAUUUAUUUUAUUAAACCCCCAAAAUGUCGAUAUUUGUACAAGAUCUUAGCAAAGCAAUGUCUCAAGGUGGUACUUCCCAGUUCCAAGAAGUCAUCCGACAAGAGCUGGAAUUAUCAGUGAAGAAGGAACUAGAGAAAAUACUUUCAACCGCACCACAAAAUGAAUCUGAGCAUACUAAAAAAGACCUUGAAGGAUUUCGGAAGUUAUUCCAUAGAUUCUUACAAGAAAAGGGACCUUCUGUGGAUUGGGGGAAGAUCCAGAGGCCUCCAGAGGAUUCGAUUCAGCCUUAUGAGAAGAUAAAGGCCAGAGGCUUACCUGACAAUAUAGCUUCUGUCCUGAAUAAGUUGGUGGUGGUAAAACUCAAUGGUGGUUUGGGAACUAGCAUGGGCUGUAAAGGCCCCAAAAGUCUGAUUGGUGUACGGAAUGAAAAUACCUUUUUGGAUCUGACAGUUCAGCAAAUUGAGCACUUGAACAAAACAUACAACACAGAUGUUCCUCUUGUUUUGAUGAACUCUUUUAACACCGAUGAAGAUACAAAAAAAAUACUUCAGAAGUACAGUCAUUGUCGUGUGAAAAUCUACACUUUUAAUCAAAGCAGGUACCCUAGAAUUAAUAAAGAAUCUUUACUGCCUGUAGCAAAGGAUGUGUCUUACUCAGGGGAAAAUACAGAAGCAUGGUAUCCUCCAGGUCAUGGUGACAUUUACGCCAGUUUCUACAAUUCUGGUUUGCUUGAUACUCUUAUAGGAGAAGGAAAGGAGUACAUUUUCGUGUCCAACAUAGAUAAUUUGGGUGCCACAGUGGAUCUGUAUAUUCUUAACCAUCUUAUGAAUCCACCCAAUGGAAAACGUUGUGAAUUUGUCAUGGAAGUCACAAACAAGACAAGAGCAGAUGUGAAGGGUGGUACCCUCACACAAUAUGAAGGCAAACUGAGGUUGGUAGAAAUCGCUCAAGUGCCAAAAGCCCACGUUGAUGAAUUCAAGUCUGUAUCAAAAUUCAAAAUAUUUAACACAAACAACCUGUGGAUCUCUCUAGCUGCAGUCAAGAGACUGCAGGAGCAGAAUGCCAUUGAUAUGGAAAUCAUUGUCAAUCCAAAGACCUUGGAUGGAGGCCUAAACGUUAUUCAGUUGGAGACUGCAGUUGGAGCUGCUAUUAAAAGUUUUGAGAAUUCUCUUGGCAUUAAUGUUCCCCGAAGCCGUUUUCUGCCUGUUAAAACUACAUCCGAUCUUCUACUUGUGAUGUCAAAUCUCUACAGCCUUAACGCAGGAUCCUUAACAAUGAGUGAAAAGCGAGAGUUUCCUACUGUGCCCUUGGUUAAAUUAGGAAGCUCUUUUACAAAGGUCCAGGAUUACCUAAGGCGGUUUGAAAGUAUACCAGAUAUGCUUGAACUGGAUCAUCUCACAGUGUCUGGAGAUGUGACAUUUGGCAAGAAUGUCUCAUUAAAGGGAACAGUUAUCAUCAUUGCAAACCAUGGUGACAGAAUUGAUAUCCCACCUGGAGCUGUGUUAGAGAAUAAAAUUGUAUCUGGUAACCUUCGGAUCUUGGACCACUGAAGAAAAAAUGUUCUGUAUACUUUAUUGAUUAUGAGUUAAAUUGUUUUUCACAAAUGGAA